GGGGGCGGGAGGUGGCCCGCGCCGGGGCUGCGCGCGCCGUGCGGCUGAGCGGGAACUUGCGUAACGCGCGGCGGCCGCGUCGCUCCUGCGCUUCCUUCCUCCUUCCCUCCGCCUUCCCCUCCGCAGGCGCCGGGCCAGGGCCGUCGGGCCGGCCGGGAAGGCGCGUUCCGCCGCGACAGAGGCCGGGCGCGGUCCCCGCCGCCGCGGCGGCGCCAUGAUGAGGCGGACGAAGCCCGAGGUGGAGCGCUACGUCGCCUCCUUGCAGGCCGCGGCGCCGUCCCCCAGAGAGAAAUCGAUGAAAGGAUUCCUCUUUGCUAAGCUGUAUUUUGAAAUUAAAGAAUAUGAACUUGCUAAAAGAUACAUAUCUACAUACCUCAAUGUUCAAGAGAGAGAUCCCAAAGCACACAGAUUUCUUGGACAAAUUUAUGAAGCUGAGGAUAACAUAGAAAAAGCUUUUGGGUGUUAUAAGCGUUCUGUGGAGUUGAACCCAACACAGAAAGAUCUUGUAUUGAAGAUUGCAGAGUUACUAUGCAAUAAUGACAUUACUGAUGGAAGAGCAAAAUAUUGGGUUGACAGAGCUGCUAAGCUCUUUCCUGGGAGCCCUGCUAUUUACAGGUUGAAGGAGCAGUUACUGGAUUGUAAAGGUGAAGAUGGGUGGAAUCAGCUUUUUGACUUGAUUCAAGCAGAACUUUAUGCAAGACCAGAUGAUGUCUACAUAAACAUCAGAUUAGUUGCGCUCUAUCGUUCAAAUAACAGAUUAAAGGAUGCUGUGCUCCACUGUCAGGAGGCAGAGAAGAGAAUACCUUUGCAGUCAAGCUUGGAAUGGUGUUCCUGUGUUGUAGAGACAUUUGAGGAAUAUCUGGAAUCUUUACAAGACUUGGAGUAUGAUAAAAAUAACUGGAGAACAAUCAAGAAAGAUCAUCUGCUGGCCUAUUCCAGCUUUGUCAAACUGACACUUUCUUCUAGAGAUGUUCAGGAAUGCAGAGAGGCACUUGAAAGUUUUGAUCGUGCACUUCAGUCAGUAAAACCAUAUGUGAGUGCGGCUGAUGAGUUGUCUCGUACCUAUGUGGAAAUGAAAGGACAGCUGUAUAUGCAUGCUGGAGCUUUGCUGCUGAAAAUGGCCCAAGACAAUGAGACACAGUGGAGAGCUAUGUGUGAACUAGCAGCAUUGUGCUAUCUCCUGAGUUUUCAGGUUCCUAAACCAAAAUCAAAACUCAUAAAGGGGGAUCAAACCGGACAAGAUAUGCUAGAAAUGUUGGCCUGUGAUCGAAAAAGCCAGUCUGGUCAUAUGCUGCUGAACUUGAGUCAUGGCAAGCAAGACUUCUUUAAAGAGAUUGUGGAAUCAUUUGCAAACAAGAGCGGCUCAUUUGCAUUGUUUGACAGCCUGUUUGAGAGUGGAGCUUCUAGAGAGAGGUCUUUUAUUGGCACAGAUGAUAUUGGAAAUGUCAGUACACAAGCACCAGUGCAAAUAGAACUUCACAAAUAUGAUAUUGGUGCCAUUCGAUUGCACAAUGGCAGUCUCCAGCACCUCGUGUGGCUUGGCUUGCAGUGGAACUCUAUGUCAGUCUUACCCCCCAUGCGCAAAUGGUUAAAACAGCUUUUUCACUUGCCCCAAGAAACAUCAAGACUUGAGACAGAUGCUCCUGAAUCUAUUUGCCUGUUAGACCUUGAAGUAUUCCUACUUGGGGUGAUAUUCACUAGCAACUUACAACUGCAAGAGAAGUUUAAUUCUCACUACAGUGCACAUCAGCCUCAAUUUUUACCAUUGCCAAUAUGCAAACUACUCUAUACUGAAAAGCAAAGAUCCUGGUGGGAUGCUGUUCGUACUCUUCUUCAGAGAAAAUCUGUACCAGGCACAGCAGCAAAGCUGAGGCUUAUUGUACAGCAUGGCAUAAGUACUCUGCGAUCACUGGACAAACAUGGUCUUCAACCUGCAUUAAUCAUACACUGGGCAAAAAGCUUGCAGAAAACAGGAAUUAACCUUAACUCCUUCUAUGACCAGAAGGAAUAUAUUGGACGAAGUGUCUACUACUGGAAGAAAAUUCUGCCUAUGCUGGAAACUGUCAAAAAGAAGAGGAGUAUUUCUGAACCUACUGAUCCUCUCUUCAAACACUUCCAUAGCGUAGACAUUCAGGUCUUUCAGGUUGCAGCAUAUGAAGAAGAGGCACAGAUAGCAUUUGCUAUGUUGGAUGCAGUUGAUGGCAAAACUGAUGAUGCUUUAAUAGCAUUUGAAGCUAUUGAGAAUGUGGUGUCAUACUGGAAUCUUGCUAUGAUUUUCCAAAGAAAAGCUGAAGAAAUUGAAAAUGAUGUCAUGCUGCCAGAAGAACAUGAGGAGCAUAAAACUUACCUUCUUAAAGCCAAGUAUUAUCUAAUGAAAAUUCUUGCGGAAAGCUCCUCAGAUAUGUCAGUUGCGGAGAAAUUGCCAGUGUCUCUUGAAACUGUGAGAGAAGUGUUAGAUACAGUGAUCCAGGAACUUGGUGAGAACUGUGAAGAGGGAAGUCUUGCCUUCAGAAACGGUCUGUCACGAACUGUAGAUUCAGCAAUGAAACAUUCCACACCGUCACCAACCAAGUUCUCUUUUUCGCCAACUAAGACUUAUAAGUUCUCUCCAAAAACUCCCCCUCAGUGGGCAGAAGACCAUAAAUCUAUACUUCAAAUGAUUUGUCAGCAAGUGGAAGCUUUAAAGAAUGAAAUGCAAGAAAUGAAACUGAAUAAUUCCAACACAAAUGCUUCUCAUCGGUGGCCUGCUGAAAACUACGGAACUGAUGCAAUACCAGACAGUUAUCAGAGAGCACAAAAUCUUCAUGAAGCCCCUUUAACAGUUGCUACCACUGGCCCAUCUGUGUUCUACAGCCAGUCACCUGCCUAUAACUCUCAGUAUCUUCUGGGAACUGCUGCAACCAAUGUAACACCAGCAAAGCCUCCUGUCUAUGGCAUGAACCGACUUACACCUCAGCCACAUAUAUAUUCCUAUCAGCCACCACCCAUGCAUACACCACCUCUGCAAAACACUUCUGGUUGUAUGUUUUCCCAAGAAAUGUAUGGCCCACCUCUGCGUUUUGAUUCUCCUGGUACUACACUCAUUUCCCCUCGUACAGCUGAUGACUAUUACAACUACAGUGUUCCACAGGCAAGCACCAACCCAACACUGCCUAAACCAGGGUAUUUCACAAACCGUUCAGUCACGCCACCCACCUUAAAACCUGCAGAACCAAAAGCAAUGCCUAAAUUUGGACAGCCGGGAACAGCAGAAGGAUCAAAACCACCUCUGUCAACACCAGCACAGCCAAGUCAGCCGACAACUUUUAAGUUUAAACCUAACUUCAAGUCUAAUGAUGGGGACUUCACUUUUUCUUCUCCCCCUCAAGUUGCACCACAGCCCCUUAAUGCACCUUUUAAUAGUAGAGAAAGUCUCUUGGAUCUUCUAACAUCUGACAAACCGUUACAGGAUGAUAGAUACAUUGAUCAAAAGCCAGUUAGCGAUCCCACAAACAGUUCAAGAAAUAUCUUCAAUUUUAGCAAUAAACAUAUUCCAGGCAUCUCUCUUCGAGAAAACACGGGACAAAAUGUACAGAAAAAUGUGGGUUUUGAGAAGAGUGAUACAUUUAGCAUUCAAGAACCAAGUAAGCCUGUAUUUAUGGCUUCAAAUUCAGAUUUGGCCAAUAGAAGUCACGAAACAGAAGGAGGAAGCACCCAUGGUGGAGAUGAGGAUGAUGAUGGUCCUCAUUUUGAUCCUGUGGUGCCACUUCCUGAUAAGAUUGAAGUAAAGACAGGUGAGGAAGAUGAAGAAGAAUUCUUCUGCAACAGAGCCAAGCUCUUUCGUUUUGAUGCAGAAUCUAAAGAAUGGAAAGAAAGAGGUAUCGGAAAUGUGAAAAUACUGAAACAUAAAGUAUCUGGCAAAUUUCGUCUCUUAAUGAGACGGGACCAAGUGCUGAAAAUUUGUGCAAAUCACUACAUAAAUACUGAUAUGAAAUUAACUCCAAAUGCUGCAUCAGAUAAGUCAUUUGUAUGGCAUGCUUUAGACUACGCAGAUGAAUUGCCAAAACCUGAACAGCUUGCGAUUAGAUUUAAAACACCUGAAGAAGCAAUGCUUUUCAAAAAAAAGUUUGAGGAGGCGCAGAAUAUUUUAAAAUCCUUGGGAUCAAAUGCUGACACGUCUGUGGCUCAGAGCAGUGGGACUGCAAAAGAAACAGCAAAUCAGGACAUCAAGGAGCCCAACAGAACCACUUCGGGGACCAUGAACUUGGGCUUUCAGUUUCUAAAAGAUGGAACAAGCAGUGAACCUGACAGCAAAGGCACCCAUACAGCUACAUCCACUGCAUCUAGCACUACCAUUUCAUUUGGGAAGGAUGCUCAGCAAGCCGGUUCUUCUGGUGGGUUUGGGCAGCAUCUCUUGAAGAAAGACCAAUGGGAGUGUAAAGUAUGUUUAGUUCCAAAUGAAGCAACUGCAAAGAAUUGUAUAACAUGUCAAAGUCCAAAUCCAGCCAUGUGGGAAACACAUGGCACCCCAAUGACUGGCUAUGCAAGUUUGAAGCCAAGUGGUAACACAAUGCAGGACAAGUUUGGAUCUCCUUUUGCUAAAAAGGAAGGUCAGUGGGACUGCUCUGUAUGCCCAACCCGAAAUGAAGCAGAAGAUGUGAACUGCUGUUCCUGUCAGAGUCCAAAACCUCAAGAUCAACCAAAUACAUCCACGCCUUCUGUUCAGGCAUCUGCUGCUGUGGGGCUUGGUUCCAUUGCUGAUACAAGUAAGCCACAGAAAAAUGGGUUUGAAGGGCUUUUUGCUAAAAAGGAAGGUCAGUGGGAUUGCAGUGUUUGUCUUGUGAGGAAUGAAGGUUCUUCGCCAGCCUGCGUAGCCUGUCAAACGCCAAAUCCGUCUGCUAAGCCAGCUGGUGGUACUUUGCCAACUCCUGCUUUUGGCUUGAAAAGUAAAUUGCCUGAACUUGAUGGAGGACAGUUAGGAUCAGGCUUUAAGUUUGGUCUUGAGCAAGGCAAGACACCAUCAUUUACAUUUCAGAUUUCUUCUGAUACUGAAGCUAAGUCUGCAAAGGAAGGAUUUAGCUUUUCAAUGCAAAUGCCUGCAGGUGGAUUUAAAUUUGGAAUACAGGAGUCUAGUAAAUUUGGGAUACAGGAGUCUAGUAAAAAUACCACUAAGAAAGAUGAGCCAUCCAAAGAGCAUACAACUGGUUUCUUAAAAAGUGUUGAUGAAAAAGACAAAAAGGAAUUGCCUUCAGACAGUGGAGUUGGAUUCCAAUUUCAAGAAACAGCAGACAAGGAGAAAAUUGACUUUGUUUUUGGGCAAAAUAGCAGCACUUCUACUUUUGCUGAGCUUGCAAAAAGUACUCCUAGGGAAGGUUUUCAAUUUGGCAAAAAGGAUCCUAACUUCAAAAGCUUUUCAGGUGCAGGUGAAAAGUUGUUUUCUUCACAAAAUUCUAAAACAGAUCAGAAAGCAAACACAUCUGCUGACCUUGGUGAGAAGGAUGAUGAUGUGUAUAAGACAGAGGACAGUGAUGAUAUCCAUUUUGAACCUAUAGUUCAGAUGCCUGAAAAAGUAGAACCAUUUACAGGAGAGGAAGAUGAGAAAGUGUUAUACUCCCAGAGAGUAAAGCUGUUCAGGUUUGAUCCAGAAACAAGCCAGUGGAAGGAACGUGGGGUGGGCAUUCUGAAGAUUCUUAAAAACGAAGUUAAUGGCAAAGUAAGAAUAUUGAUGCGGCGUGAGCAAGUACUGAAGGUGUGUGCAAAUCACUGGAUAACGACAACAAUGAACCUGAAGCAGCUGUCUGGCUCAGACAAAGCAUGGAUGUGGAUGGCCAAUGACUUUUCUGAUGGUGAUGCAAAGUUGGAGCAUCUGGCCGCAAAAUUCAAGACACCAGAGCAGGCUGAGGAGUUCAAACAGAAGUUUGAAGAAUGUCAGAGGCUACUACUAGAUAUACCACUGCAGACACCCCAUAAACUUGUUGAUACAGGUAGGACAGCUCAGCUUAUACAGAGAGCAGAAGAAAUGAAGUGUGGCUUAAAAGAUCUCAAAACUUUUCUGACAGAUGACAAAACGAAACUGUCAGAAGAGGAAAGUGUAAACCCUGUUUGUACCAGCAGUACUUCUGAUUUGGUUAUAAAGCCACAUGCUGAAAGUACAGGCCCUACUCUGGAGUGGGAUAACUAUGACUUACGUGAAGAAGCAUUAGAUGAUAGUGUAAGUAGUUCUGUAUAUGCAUCACCUCUUGCAAGUAGCCCUGUAAGGAAAAAUCUGUUUAGAUUUGGAGAGUCUACCACUGGUUUUAGUUUCAGCUUUAAAUCUGCUUUGAGCCCAUCCAAAUCUCCUGCCAAACAGAAUCAGAGUAGAACAUCAGUAGGCACAGAUGAAGAUUCUGAUGUUACUCAAGAAGAGGAAAGAGAUGGACAGUACUUUGAACCUGUGGUACCUCUGCCUGAUCUUGUGGAAGUUACCAGUGGUGAGGAAAAUGAGCAGGUUGUCUUCAGUCAUAGAGCCAAACUCUACAGAUAUGACAAAGAUGCAAAUCAAUGGAAAGAGAGAGGGAUUGGGGAUAUCAAGAUAUUGCAGAACUAUGACAACAAACAAGUUCGUAUAGUAAUGAGAAGGGACCAGGUACUAAAACUCUGUGCCAAUCACAGGAUAACACCAGAUAUGAAUAUGCAACAAAUGAAAGGAUCUGAUAGAGCCUGGGUAUGGACUGCAUGUGAUUUUGCAGAUGGGGAAAGAAAAGUGGAACUUCUGGCUGUGCGAUUCAAGCUGCAAGAUGUUGCAGAUUCAUUUAAGCAAAUUUUUGAUGAAGCGAAGCAUGCCCAAGAGAGAGAGACACUGAUAACACCUCUUUCUUCUCGUGCCAAUACACCAAAGGAAUCUCCAUGUGGUAAAAAUGCUGUAGCUGUGCUAGAAGAAACAACCAGAGAAAGAACUGAUGUGAGCCAUGGUGAUGAUACUUCUGAUGCAACUGUAGAGGCUGCAGAAGUGUUAAGUACUUCUGAAACACCAACAAAAACAGUGGUUUCUCCUCCAAAGUUUGUAUUUGGAUCUGAAUCCGUGAAGAGUAUUUUCAGUAAUGAAAAGUCAAAGACAUUCACAUUUGGAAAUACUUCAGCCACUGGUUCUCUCUUUGGCUUCAGUUUUAAUCCCCCAAGAAAGAGUGAAGGCCAUAUUCCAGCAUCUCAGAACACAGCACAGAAGGAGCCAGAAGUCUCUGAACCACCAAAAAUCUCAAGUGCUACUCAGAAGCCUGUAGGCAGCAAGGCAGACAACUUGCCAGCUUCAACACAAGAUGGACCGUCUAACUUCUCAUUUAGAAUUCUGGAAAAAGGAUUUAAUUUUAGGCUCUUUAAAUCUAAUCCAAUGGCCUUUUGGACAAGCACAUCCUCAAUGCAACCUGAUAGUAAAGCUGAGAAGACCACAGUGUCAGAGGAUGACGUUCCAUCUGAUGAGGUUGUAAUAGUUUACGAGUUAACACCUACCCCUGAACAGAGAGCUCUUGCUGACUUCCUCAAGCUCCCUUCAACAUUCUUCUGUUACAAGAACAAGCCUGGAUAUGUCAGUGAUGAGGAUGAUGAUGAAGACUAUGAAACAGCUGUUAAGAAACUUAAUGGAAGACUCUAUCCCAGUGAUUCAGAAGAGAAAAAGAAAGUGCAAGUUCCUGUGAAAGCAGGCCUUGCAAAGAAAAGUGAAUUCAACAAUGAAAGAGAAUGUGCUGCUACUCUGGAAAAGAAACCAGUUCCUGAGGAGAAAGAUGAAACAAAAGCUCUGCAGGUUCCUUCUGCAUCUGUUUGUGGUGUCAGUACUGAUACUGAGGGUGACAGUCUGGAAGACUUAAAGUCAGAAGCUAAAAAUCAAGAAAUGAAAGAGAAUGAAGUUGCAAGCUCAGGUGACUUUGUCUGUAUCAGUAAGGAAGAAAUACCCGUUCCAUCAAAAGAUGAGGUGACAGUUCUUGUCCAGUCAGGUACCAGCAGUGAAGGAUCACAUUCCACCACAGAAACUGUGCAAGUAUCACAGACCUUAUCACGAGCUGAAGACAAACCUGUAGAUUUGUCAGCUAAAAAGAGUGAUUCAGAUGGUUCAGAGUCAACACAAGAAAACAGAAUCAUCUCAUUUGGUUUUGGCAAUACUGCAGGCCUGUCAUUUGCAGAUCUGGCAUCCAAAAGUUCUGAAGACUUUGCUUUUGGCUCAAAAGAUAAAAACUUCAAAUGGGCAAAUACAGGAGCAACUGUAUUUGGAGAUACCACCCGUAAAGCAGAUGAAGAUGAAGGUGGUAGUGAUGAUGAGGUAGUACAUAGUGAUGAUAUCCACUUUGAGCCAAUUGUGUCCUUACCAGAGGUGGAGGUAAAAUCUGGAGAAGAAGAUGAAGAAAUUCUCUUCAAGGAGAGGGCAAAACUUUACAGAUGGGACAGGGAUGUUACUCAGUGGAAGGAGCGUGGUGUUGGAGAGAUCAAAAUACUCUUCCAUACACAGAAGAAAUACUAUAGAGUCUUAAUGAGAAGAGACCAAGUUCUUAAAGUCUGUGCAAACCAUGUUAUCACCAAAGAAAUGAACUUGGUGCCCUCUGAUACAUCAAACAAUGCUUUCAUUUGGACAGCCACAGAUUAUGCUGAUGGUGAAGUAAAAGUAGAACAAUUUGCAGUCAGAUUUAAAAGCCAAGAAAUGGCCAAUUCUUUCAAGAAGAUGUUUGAAGAAUGCCAGCUAAGCUUGUCAGAACUACAGAAGGGGCACUUGUCCCUGGCAGCAGGACUGUCAAAGGACACCAACCCUGUUGUGUAUUUUGAAGUUUCUGCUGAUGAUGAACCUUUAGGACACAUAACCAUGGAGCUGUUUGCAAAUAUUGUACCUCGAACUGCUGAAAAUUUCAGAGCCCUGUGCACAGGAGAGAAAGGAUUUGGAUUCAAGAACUCCCGCUUUCACAGAAUAGUCACAGACUUUGUCUGUCAGGGAGGAGAUAUAACUAACCAUGAUGGAACAGGUGGACGGUCAAUUUAUGGAACAGCAUUUGAAGAUGAGAAUUUCAUAGUGAAACACACUGGUCCUGGAUUGUUGUCAAUGGCCAAUAAGGGCAGGGAUACAAAUAAUUCUCAGUUCUUCAUAACACUUAAAAAAGCAGAACACUUGGACUUCAAGCAUGUGGUAUUUGGGUUUGUGAAAGAUGGAAUGGAUGUUGUGAAAAAGAUCGAAUCCUUUGGUUCUCCUAAAGGGCUAGUAAAUGGAAGAAUUGUCAUUACAGACUGUGGGCAAAUAUAGAAUUAUUUCUUUGAGUAUACAGAUGUUUUGACAGUAUAAAUCAGUAAUUAGAUGUUAUUGACUAAUUAUUUCAACUUCUUAAAAUGGACACUUCUGAUGUAUAAAUGUAAAAUUACAGGCUAUAGUUGAAUUUUUUUAUGUGUUCUAAUUGAUUUUUUUGCAUGGUAAAUAAAGUUCAGGCACUGGCAUAUUUCAGGUGUAUUUGUGUUAUCCUGACAUAUUUGUAUUAAGUGUCAAAUUUUAAAAAUUAAAUCCUAGUCUUGUUAAAAUAAA